CUAUCGUUCAACACUAACUUCCCAAAUUUUUGGUAGGCUUAUUGUGUAUUUAGUGGAAAACGUCUGGUUUUCCAACCCAAGAAGUAUAAUCUGAUUUUUGAGACAGGGAAGGGAAAGAAGAAGAAGAAGAAGAUGGGAUCGGAGCGUGAAGCUGCAAUCCCCGAAUGGGCGUCAGAGCCUUGCAUCAUGGGCAUCGAUGAAGCUGGCCGUGGCCCGGUUUUAGGUCCAAUGGUGUACGGUUGCUUGUACUGUGCUCGCUCGUAUCAGAAUACUCUCUCCUCUUUGAACUUCGCAGAUUCAAAGACAUUGAAGGAAGAGAAGAGGGAGGAAUUGUUUGAGAAUUUAAAGGCUGAUGAAUCCAUUGGGUGGGCUGUUGAUGUCAUAGAUCCGAGGGAACUUUCGGCCAAAAUGCUAAAGAAAAGUAAGAUAAACCUUAAUGAAAUAUCACAUGACUCCGCCAUGGGUCUUGUCACAAAGGUCCUAAACAUGGGAGUGCUUCUAACCGAGGUUUAUGUGGAUACAGUGGGUGAUGCUGAGAAGUAUAGAGCUAAACUGUCUGAUAGAUUCCCAUCUGUCAAGUUUGUGGUUGCGAAGAAGGCUGAUAGCCUUUAUCCUGUUGUCAGUGGAGCGAGCAUAGUUGCAAAAGUUACAAGAGACAGAGCGUUGCGUGAGUGGGUGCUCGAGGAAACAGCUGAAGACUUGCAUAAAGACUUUGGUUCUGGAUAUCCUGGAGAUCCGAAUACAAAGGCAUGGUUGGAACAUCACAAGCACUUCGUUUUUGGAUUCCCAUCAUUGGUUCGUUUCAGCUGGGGUACAUGCACUCCUUAUUUCAAAGACAUUGCGGAAGUUUUAUGGGAAUCCGAUGAAAUGGAUGAAGAUGGUUCUAGCACUGCUAAUGGCAAGCGGCAAAUGAAACUAAGUAGUUUUGGUGUUACAACAUCCAAGAGAAAGAUCGAAGAAAUUGAAUCAAGUGGUAAAGGGCGCUGCAAAUUUUUUCUUGCACGUAAACUUGAGCAAGUUACUCAAUUCUAAGUGAAAGGUUUGACGCUUUACUAUUUGUGUUCUUGCUUCCCUCCACUUAUUUGUCUUCCUUGAUUCAAGUCAGAAAAUCGUCCAAACCUUCAUCGCUGUUAUCAUGGUAAGAAAUGCAAAUGAAAUUUUUAACUGAAUGAAGAGAUUAUUUAUUUAUUUUGAGUGAAUGGUGACAAGAAUUUGACUGAGUAGUAUGAUGAAGUUUUUGUUUUUAACAAAAUAUCUGUAUUGAGUCCAUUGUAUGGCAGUUUUGGAAUUAACUUGCA